AUGGCAGCGGUGCUGGGUCAUUGGUCGUUCCUGCGAGUACGGUUGCUCUUGGCGCUGAAGCCCCUGGUUCCUGGGCUCCGACCUGUCACCGUGGCCGCGUACGGCACCUCAGUGACCUCUGCAAAAGUGGAUGUGAAUGGUGUUCGGCUGCAUUAUCAGCGGACUGGAGAGGGAGACCAUGCAGUCUUGCUGCUUCCCGGAAUGUUAGGAAGUGGAGAGACUGAUUUUGGACCGCAGCUUAAGUACCUGAAUAAGAAGCGCUUCACAGUAGUCUGCUGGGAUCCUCGAGGGUAUGGACAUUCUAGACCCCCAAAUCGAGAUUUUCCACUGGAUUUUUUUGAAAGGGAUGCAAAAGAUGCUAUUGAUUUGAUGAAGACACUGAAGUUUCCGAAGAUCUCUCUGCUGGGAUGGAGCGAUGGUGGGAUAACAGCGCUCAUUGCUGCUGCAAAAUAUCCAUCUUACAUCAACAAGAUGGUGAUCUGGGGGGCCAAUGCCUAUGUCACCAAUGAGGAUGAAAUGAGUUACCUUGGGAUUCGAGAUGUUUCUAAAUGGAAUGAAAGAACAAGAAAGCCUCUAGAAGUCCUAUAUGGGUACGACUACUUUGCUCAAACUUGUGAAAAGUGGGUGGAUGGCAUUCUUCAAUUCAAAUAUCUGCCUGACGGUAAUAUCUGUCGACACUUACUGCCCCUCAUUCAGUGUCCUACUUUAAUCAUACAUGGGGAGAAGGACCCUCUGGUGCCACGUUUCCAUGCGGACUUUAUCCAUAAACAUGUUAAAGGGUCACGGUUACAUCUGAUGCCCAAAGGGAAGCAUAACCUGCAUUUACGUUUUGCAAAUGAAUUCAACAACCUAGUGGAAGACUUCCUACAAUGA